AUGGCGACGUCAACAUCCCGCUCCGAGAUAAUAAUACUCCAGUGUAUGAACCAUCAACUAUCACCACCAUCUCGAGGAAACGCUCGCAAGACUGGCCUUAUUGAUCAUGCUUUCAUCAGACGAUGUCCGCCGACCUCUAUGCAGCUUUUCUGGACAGUGGUGAUGGGCGCCUCUCCACAGACGCGGCUCAUUCUACAUCUGUCGGAGGCGGAGGAAACGAUGUUCCAAACGAGCAACUGGAGUAUCGACCAGUCACACAACCCUGGGUGACUCCCUCAAAGCCUGGGUUCACAAAACAUGGAUCACCACUUUGGCAAAAAGAUGCCAGUGGAAGCGACGUGCUGUUCGAUGCCGAAGAGCCAGAGUUGGACGACGAUUUUGGUGAUUUCCAAGCGGUAGAAGAUUUGAAUGAACCCGGACCUCAAACGACUCAAACAGUCACCAACACGCAUCAGCAGCACCCCACCGACAAAGCUUUUAGGACUGCAGGCCCUCUUACACACUUGUUGGACACCGAUAGCUAUGUGCAACAUGCUUCAAACUCAGAUGGAGCCCUUCCUGGAAGUAGGGCAUUGAAAGUUCAGAGAAAUGUACCUCCUUCGAACCCUGUCGCGACGAAUGAAGUGGCGGAGAUUGAUGCCAGUUGGGAAGAAGACUGGGGAGAAGUCGAAGACAGCCAACCUCAGAUGGAGCCACAACACGGUCCAACUGGGUUCAGACGACCUGGAAAAGCUCCGGCGCACCCCAUCAAGAGCAGGAACGAAGAGGAAGAUGUGUGGGAGCCUUUUGAAGACGGUCAGCCCGUGACGAGUGCCACAGAUUCAUCCGAGAAGCCUUCAACAGCCUUGAAAAAAGCAACUCAAUCACUCAGCUUGUCCUUGCCAAGUUCCACAUCCCAUCACGAACGACCAACGAAUGUCCCUCCACCGUCCUCACUUCUACAACUGCUUUCUGAUGUCUUCAAAUCUCUCCACGAGAGCAACCUCGAUACAACAGUGUCCAAGCCGAAUUUGGCUGCGAAGAUACUGAUAGUGUUUAGGACAGCCUGUCGACUCGUUGCUGGAAGGACUCUACGGUGGAGACGAGACAACCUUUUGUCCCAAAGCAUGAGAAUAAGCCAAGCAGGUAAGAGUGGAGGGAUGAAAUUGGCGUCAGCCAACAAGAGUGAGAGUGCAAAGGAGGAGCGCGACUGUAAAGAGAUGAUACGUGACUGGGAUCUGCGUCUUCAUGAGUUCAACAGCAUCAUUGCUCGAGCUGGGCUGCCGCCCCAUCGCAUAAAGAUCCCCGCCUCUACCGUGUUGAAGACACUGAAAUACCCCGGUUCCACCGAGUCGUCCAAGCAAUGCGCACUCUGUGGACUGAAGAGGAGCGAGAGAGUCACGGACGUCGACGUAGAUGUCGACGAUCUGUUUGGGGAGUUCUGGAGCGAGCAUUGGGGCCACAAGGACUGCUAUGAUUUCUGGUACUCGUCUAACGGCCUGCUUGGUCAUCGAUGAAUACAAGAGUUCUCCCAAACGUUCCCGAGUCUUGGCCGGUCCUGUACCGAUGUUGAUGCGAUACCCACAGCAGAUGUCUCUUUCCAUGUGCCCAGCUCGGUGGUGGCCAAACCUUGGUCGCGAUCGCCAAUUUUGCGUGCCAGACAUUGCCUUUGACCUCCGAUGACAAGUGACAUCCGGGUUUAGCUCCGGGAGAUAUACGGAAUCCUGUAAGGCGAUGCUUCUCGAACCCAUCGAUACAUAUGGGCAAGCGCAACGCCUACCAAGGUACCUGGGUAGAUAAGGUACCGUACAGGAAGUGGUAUGUGUGGUUCAUGAAGCAUAUGCCAGUACGGAGUACUCGUAAAGAGAUCC